GGUCGACUUUCUCCUCCGUUUCUCCACCGCGACCAGUGCUUGCAAGACAUGAAAGCUUUUGCAGUCCGAGAACUCACGCACCCGUCAAAUAUCCAGUUGACCGCAGACUUGCCAGAGCCAACGCUCAAGGAGGGCGAGGUCAUGGUCGAUGUAUAUGCCGCAGGGCUGAAUUACUAUGACAUUCUUCAAGCCCAAGGGAAAUAUCAGAUCCAACCACCAUUGCCUUUCGCGCUUGGCUCGGAAUUCGCUGGGAGGAUAGCAGAGGGCUAUCCUAUCCCUCCAGGCGCGCCAUAUAAGCCAGGAGACCGCGUUUUCGGGAUGGCUCCGGGUUGCUAUACCGAACGCGUUGCCGUAAAUAUAGGGCAGAUAUUGAGGAUCCCUGACAAUUUGUCAUUCGAGCAGGCUGCAGGCAUGUACAUUACUUGGCCGACCAGUUACGAAGCAUUGGUUGGGCGUGCAGAACUCAAGCCGGGCGAGUUCGUUCUGGUCACGGCGGCGGCGGGAGGGGUUGGAAUGGCGGCUGUUCAGCUGGCCAAAGGUCUUGGUGCCAAAGUUAUUGGCGCAGCCGGCUCGCAGGCCAAAUUGGACAUUGUCAAAAAGUUCGGUGGUGCGGACUACGUCGUCGAUUACACCAAGAAGGGUUGGCAGCAAGAGGUUCUCAAAAUUACAAACGGCAAGGGAGUCAACGUCAUCUACGAUCCUGUGGGCAUGAUCACAGACUGCCUCAAAUGCAUUGCGUGGAAAGGCAGAGCCAUCGUGGUCGGUUUCGCCGCAGGGACCAUCGAGAAAGUGCCUAUGAACCUCGUAUUAUUGAAGAACAUCGCCAUCGUGGGAAUCUUCUGGGGAGGCUACGCGGUCCGCGAGCCUGAGCAUAUGCCUGGAGUCUAUCAAACCCUGCUUGACCUGUUAACAUCGGGACGCGUCGCGACGCCGGUUGUCUAUGACAAGAUUUAUUCACUCGAGACAAUCGCUGAAGGGCUGCAAGCACUGGAAAACCGGAAAACAUGGGGUAAAGCAAUCGUGCGGAUCAGGGAGGACACAAAGCAAGCUUCCAAGGCCAAGCUCUGA